CUGAAUCUCUUGACUUUCAGCUUAUGAAACCCAUUCCAUUGAAACGGGGAUCUAAAUAAUCCAGAAAGACAUUGAAAAGAUAGCCAAAGAUGCAUCCCCAACGGCGUAUUAAGAUGUUCAUUGCCGUUUCGACAGCAAUUCUCCUGAUCUUAUACUGUCAGAAUGAUAUACGAAGUAUCCGAAACCAAAGAUUCUACCGUACUACGGUGGAGGCGAUGGAAUCCCGGGAAGCAGCCAAACACUCGGCCAAGGAUGAUGAUAGACUGUUUCAAAAAUUGCAACCGAACAGAGUGCCGGUAGAUGAGCAGGUGUGGAUGCCAAAUACAAGGGAGAACAACACCCCGUCAAAGAAUGACGACGACGUGGAGGAAGUAUCAGUUGCUCCAGAAGGACAGGAGAAAGAGACAGAGGCGAAGGACGAAGCCAGCAGCGCGAAGGCUGAAUUGGAUAGUAUUCUGAAGCGAUCACCAGUCAUCAUCUUCUCAAAAUCGUAUUGCCCUUAUAGCGCCAGAGCGAAGUCCAUCCUCCUCGACAAAUACUCUAUUAACCCUGCGCCGUAUGUCGUCGAACUGAAUCAACAUCCGAUCGGCCCCGAACUACAAGAAUUGCUAGGAGAAAGAACCGGUCGUCAUACAGUCCCAAACGUCUUAGUCAAUGGGAAGAGCAUUGGAGGCGGAGAUGAUAUGGCCGCUCUAGAUGAGAAUGAUGAAUUGGCAUCCACGCUGAAAAGGCUCGGUGGUAGUUGGAUAAUGGAGGUGAACGGUAAGGAAAACUAGUACUAAUUUUCUGACGAUUUCCGCUCCUCUGGAAGGCAUAGCAAGGCGUUAUAGGCGGUUCGGGUGGGCGAUCUACUAGUAGUACAUGGUUGGGUAAAUGCUACAAGCAGGUCCAGUAUUCUCUUGAUGAGAAUGAAUCCAGAAUGAAAGCUAAGCGACCAGUUGACAAAAAGACAAUAAAUUAUUUAAGAAAAGAUGCA